CUAAAGAUAUAUAAAAAUAUAGUGGAAACCAUUUUCAAUAAGAUGUCUGAACAAAACCUUGAUCUUUCUGUAAAGGAAGAAAAUGAUCCUGCUCAUCCAUGGGAAAAAUAUAUUAAAGACACUUAUUUACCAACUUAUAAAUAUGGCCAUAAUUCUGCGAGAAAUCCUAUUAUUUACCCACCACCCAAGGAAGACAAAGCUUAUCCAAACCGGGUUAAAUUCACUGUGAUUGGUAACCGAGUCACAAAAGAAUUUAUUUAUUGCAUGAAAUUAGUAAAAGGCCUGUACAAAUAUCGAUGGAAAAGUUUCGACGUUCCAGACAUACGAGCCGUUACGAGCGUGGAAUGGCCAAAAGUAUGGAAUGAUUUGAAAAUCCAGUUCGGCGGUAACGCAUAUUGCUUGCAAUCUCAAGUCGCUAUCUUAAUGAAUGGCCAAUUUCUUGGCGGAGAAAAGGAUUUAAAAGAAUUAAUCGAGUCAAAAUACGUUUACCAUUUAAAACUCAAUUAUUAUGAUGAAGCUGUUCAAUUAUUUUCUAAUUUUGUUAAAUUAUCAGGAAGACCAUGUGCGUAUUUCCAAGUUUCCAUCGAUGACGAAGAAAUUGGAACAAUGAUAUUUAUGUUAUACAGUGAUAUAGCCCCGAGAACUUGUGAGAACUUCCUUCGAUUAUGUAAAGAAAAGAAGUGCGGGUACUCGGGGACUCCUGUACAUCGUAUAGUAAAAGACAGUUGGAUCCAAUGCGGUGGAUUUGGACUCAAAGAUUCAGAACUGGACUGUGAGAACUUUAUUGUACCUCAUGAUCGACGAGGAGUACUGGGCAUGGCCAAUGCUGGCAGACAUGUCGAUUGUUCCACACAAUUCUUCGUUUCAUUGCAACCGCAACCGUGGAUGGCCUACAAAUAUGUCGCAUUUGGCCAACUCAUCAGCGGCGAAGAAACUCUUAAAAAGAUAGAAGAAGUUCCUACUUGGUAUGAAUCUCCGUCAAAGAGCAUUAUAUUCCACAACGCCGGUAUUCUAAAUAUGGAGUGCCAAGACAUAAAAAUAAAUAAGCAUACCAACAGGUAUCUGGAGGGCCACAUUGAAUAUCUUCACGCCUUAGGAGAGACGUUUUAUGAGGCAGUACUAGAGAAAGUAUUUCUGCAAGUCGAUCGCAAACGUGGACGCAUUGAGGACGCGUCUAGUGCUGGAGAAGAUUUACGUGCAACACAAAGAUUUAUGCGCAAUAAAGAGGAAAUAGAUCAACAUAUAGAAGAAAGUCCUGAUGAACAGAGCCGAGAUGACCAGAGCCGAGAUGACCAGAGCCGACAUGACCAGAGUCGACAUGACCAGAGUCGACAUGAGCACAACCCCUCACCCGAUAUUGAAAAAAGCGAAAAUGACUUUGAUGCUGACAACUUUGAUUACGAUCCUGAAGAGUAUACGUAUAAACAAACGUCUAGAGUGAUAACUGGAAGUGAAAAGGCAAAACGAGAACAGCCCUACUACCUACCCUUUACAGAUGUACCGUACGUUGGAGAGGUGGACUCCGAUUUUAAUCUCAGGAGAUUACUUCAAGGCGACUAUUGUCUGGAGUCUGACUUAGACAAGGAAAUGAUCAAAAAGCCUGUAAAACCGGAACAUAGAUUUUCUUUCCCGUCGCAUAUAUUAGAAGCGCUCGAGACGCCACCUACGGAAUCUGAAUCUGAAGACAGUACAGACAGUGAAGAAAUUAAAGAAAUACAGCAAUAUCUUAAAACCAAUGCAGACCGCGUGAGUUUUGCAGGCGGCACCGUAAAAGCUGUGGCUAAGCAAGGAAAGUUCAAUUUAUAUGAACGACAGAAACAGUUGAACACAAUUACAGACGAGAUCCUGCGGAAAUAUAAAAUGGCGGAAGAUGAAUUACGCGCUAAUAAAGAAAAAAGAGUGUCCAUCAGCUUACCUCACAGUCCUUUUGAUCAGCAUAAAGAAAUACAUAGACGCCAAACCGGUUUCGUACGUCCGGAAGAUAUGGCUGAACUAAUCAAAUUCCAGAAAGAUGACCCUGAUGAAGAAGCUGAGGAAGAUGACCUCGAAGUAUAUCUUCCAUAUACUAGACAAAUUCGUAUCAGCCAGGCGGCUGAGCCGGCCACAGAAGCAGACAAGAAGAAAACAGAACGACGUCAAACUGGUUUCGUCCGCAAGGAUGACUUGGAAAAAUUGGAAAUUUUUCACAAAAAGGAAGAUACUUUUGUUGAUGAUAAUAAAGGUGAUGACGAAGCUGAUGAUGACGUUCAGGAUCACGAUCCUAAAAGAAAAACAGUUAGGAUGACCCAUGAAGCAAAAAGAAGCUCGCGUGAUAGGGAGGAUCCACGAUCAAGUCGGAUAAGGGCCCGAUUCUCAUUCGAUGAAGAAGAAUACGAGAACAGGGAGGAACGACCUUCUUUAAUUGGGCGUCUCCUCGACGCUACCUCGACCUAUAAUGAUCUAGACCCACUGCCAACGUUGAAGGAAUAUAAAACCUUCUCGGAAAUGCAGCAGCAGAAAAAUAACCUGUUCCUCACACACGACUCGCCGAGCAGACUAUUAUUGGCGAGGGAUGAAUCACGUGAAAAUUAUUUGAAGCGUCACUCCAUAACGAUGGAUAUUCCUCAGAAAUCCAUUGACCAAGUGCUUUUACUACAACACGGGAAGAAAGUUUAUCGCAAAAUAUCUUCGGACUACGUUAAAACUAUCGACCACAUAGAACAGAAACAAGAGAAUUCUUUGAGGAGUCUAGAGUAUGCCAAGAAGCGGCCAGCAAUAUCAGUGAAAGAUUAUCAAAAGAUGAACCAAGAAUAUCAAGCUAAAGCAACGGAAAUAGAUGAAAGCAAAAUUAAGGAUGCGCUUGAAAGUAAUCCAACAAUCAAAACGUCGCAAUUUAAAAGCGGUCUGAGACUUCCAGGCGACACUCCUCUUUACAAUUCUUUGACAGAGGUAACAUGUUUAAUUGGACAAGCCAGAUACCAACGGCAGGCAAUAAUGUAGUAUUAAUGUACCUAGGGAGUCUUGCUAUAACUACAGCUAUAAUAUCUAAUUAACUUACCAAUAAACUUUAUCAUCCAUACCACUGUUAAUGUAAAGUUGUCGAGUUGAUUAUUGUAUAGGACAGGCACAGUGGCAGGCAGGUCAAGCUUCUCUUAUCUGUCAAUUUUUCCAUUGGAUUCUUCUAUAAAAAGAAUUAAGUCUAAAAUAUAAUAAAUAAUAAAUCCUUUUUGGCCCCUUUUUGGGAUUUUUCCUUAGGAUUUUAGUUUUACAGACAGGAGUAGGUUGACCUGCUGGUAGCUGUAAAUGCUUUAUACAAUUUACUUGCCCUGGGGGCUUACUAUCAAUUCGUUUUACGUUUACCGGGUCCGAAUUUGACGCUCUGAUUCU